AUGAAGACUCCGAACGAGCUUACUGACGCUCACAUCGUCCUCUCCGCUGUUCAAGCAACUUCCGAAGGCGACCUGGACUCGCUAUCCAGAAUCGUCCGAUGGCAGCCGGAAAUCUUCUCGAACACCUUCAUAUAUCGACUACUACUUUCUUUCUAUCCUGCAGAAACUUGUGGACCAUCGGCUCUCGUCGAGUUUUUACAGUCUCUUGGGAAUCAAAUCAAUGAUGCUAAAGGGUCCGAGACUCCGAGUUUCGAACCCUCGAUUUCCAACCUCACCAAGAAUGAAGCAUUACGUCGAUGCCGUGCUCUACGCUUGCGACCGAUUUCCGCACACGGACCUAUACCUACACGGAACGAAUUGGCCAAUGUGAUUAUCGAAUGGGCAAAAAGACUGGAACAGUUUCAUGGAUCUGCUCAGCCAGCUGUGGAAUUCGUGCAAAAUUUCGUCGGACAGGAUUCCGAUCUGCGACUGUGGUAUGAGACGUAUCUGGUCCCAGUCAUCCGGCUGCAAUAUGAGUUCUAUCCGGACAAUGAAGAAGUGAUCGGACUGCAGGAUAUUGAGAGGCUGUCAGAUUCUGAGGGUAUACAAACACUUCUCCAAUUUGCAGUGAAAAGGCACAAUGCGUCUGAAGUUGCCAGAGACCUCAACUAUGUGGUAUCACCAUGGGUUCGAGGGGCGAGUGAAGCAAAGAGAAGAAGAGUUGAUCAUUCCGCUGAAGACACCACCGCUGAAACGGAACCAUGGGAAUCUGUGUAUGAUUGGCUAAUCUCCACGAGCAUGACGGAAUUUAGUGUUGCAGCAAAAGCCUACGCUGAUUGGAAUGGUCCUAUGGAUGACCAUCAACCGACGAAUGAGUCUGCCGCGCGGUUUGCUCAGACUGGUUUGGCCCUUAUCUACGGGUGCUCAGAGCUUUCAUCAGAGGCCAGGAGUGUGUGCAGACAGGUGCUCAUCAAAGCUGCAAAACUUCUCAGUCUAGGACUUCCUGAUUUCUCGCAACCUGAGCCAGAUAUUUCACUGCCUGAGGGAUAUGCAAAAGACCUCGACGAGACAGAUUUGCUGGUCAACUCUCGACUUAAAAAAUCAAACAAGUUCACCCGGGCGAAUGAGUCUUCUGUUCAACUACUGACUGGAAUUUUCGCUACGGCAGAGAUCCUAUCUGGAUUUGGCCUACCACGCACUAUAAGUGAACUGGCGCACGUCGCCAUUUUCGGCUCAGAACGCCGCCACAAGGAUGAACUCCGCCGAUUGCUUCAACACAUUCCUCUACAAACUCGGCAAGAAAUUGACUGGCGCUCCGUACGACGGCGGCUUCUUUGGCUCCAAUCUUGGACCAAUACCCAGCACAUGGAGACGUCACAGCAGCGGACCGCAUUUCUGUCUCGCUUGCCCGUCAGCUUUGUAGAAACUCAAAUCCUCGAUGCAUUGCUGAAGGCUGCUCAAUUUGGCAUCGUCAAAGAGGUGUAUCUCGACCGUCCUUUUGCAACGCUCUCUGUGUCGGCAAUCGAAGCCCGUGUUGUUGCAGCAAUACUUGAGGCGUAUGACAAUGCCAGCAAUGGGAACAGAGAUCGCGGCGGUAUGAAGCGGGCAAGCGAGAUCCUAAGAGCAUUUCGACCGAACUUCUCCCAGUCCGCUGCUCUCUCCGACAUUGAUCACUUGAUCAAAGCCACUCACAGUCUGUCAUUCUAUCAGCUCACACUACAACAUGGUGUUCCUUUCAAGCCGGUCUCUAUCCGAGUGCAGAAAGACCCGCUAAACUUGGUAGAGAAAGUUUUGGAACAAGACGCAAGAGCGUACACCAAGUUGGAAGACCUGCUGGAGAUAGGUCGCAAUCUCGUUCGUGCCCAUCUGCCGAAUCGAGGGAACGUGGUAACAGAAGACGCGGAGCCUCUUCAAUCACGUCUGCUGGAUGCUGAGCACAGGAUAACGUACCAAGCCAUCAUGGCGGCUCUAGGUGCGAAUGACUUCGACACGGCAUAUGCCUACAUUACAACACGCCUCAACACAUCAGCGGAGCAGUCUGCCACUUCUGGAUUUGUUGACGACAUCUCCUGGCGUGCGGCCUAUGCCGCCGGCAAAUAUCGGCCCGGCUCUUCACCAAGGAGUUUGAAUGCACGCAUUGACAGUUUGACACAGCGGAUGGAGCUUCUUUCCCGAGCCUUGAUGUUGGCACCUUCUGGAGAAGCUCUGUCCGGAAUCCUUGCCACAUGGCGCCGCUAUGAGGAAGAGCUAGAUGGACUGAAAACACAAGCCGUGGAGGAAGAGCGAGCUUUCGAUGCCAAAGCAGACGCCUCGGUGCCUGGAGCAUUUGGUCUCGACAACCGGGACGCAGAUGUAGCUGAAACGAAGCGCGCCAUGGCCCGUCGGUCCGGACCCAUUGGAUCCGGGCCUUCUUAUGAGGAAGAGGCACCGCUGGGUUUGUUCGAUGUUGCCAGAGGAGCUGCGGCGGCAUUGCGAAAAAGUGCGGCAUUCCCGCUGGGUUCCAAUGGGUUGCGAGAUCUCAAGAUACACCCGGAAACGGCUAGACGACACGAUAUGCAAAGGGAACAAGCGGGCUCUCCAGUUUCGGACGACGGCGGAAGGGUACGCAAGAGAGACAUGGUUGCUAAUAUGGUUACAAGUGGCCUGGUGAGUGGGAUGGGUUGGGUGCUUGGUGCUCAGCCCCGAGACCGGGUGGACUACAGGGGUGAAAGCCAACAAUAA